GCGCCUGUGCUCAAACUGCAGGCUGCUAAACAGGCUGGACCGCUGUGAGGAGCCCGAAGAAGAGCUUUCAGAACUGGACCACUUCUCCAUGGUUCAGCUUAAGGAUGGCCUUGUGGUUUAUGGGGACCAAGACAGCUUGCCCGAGGUCGUCGACUCUCGACCUGUCGCGCAGAGCCAAGACGCUGAAAGUCAGGUGUCGCUGCUGAGCGAACUGGACGCACAGUACCGUCUCCUCAUUGACAAAUAUGAAGCCCUGUUAGAUGCACGAUGCCGGUCGUUGGGUUUGGAUGGGCCAGUCGCCGAACCUACCUGGGCCGGUACCAAGUCGACCAGUCCCGUUUCGGCCGUCAAGAAGAACGACUACCCAUCACUUUCAACGGGAAGUGAUGCAGAGUCGGCAGAAUCUGGUGAGGCCUCACUCUCCUCCGGCUUCUCAGAAGUGACGACAGAACGAGUAUUCACUGAUCAGGCUGUUCAAACUGACACAGCAUCGGCUGAGGCGAGAAGGCAGUUGGCGCUAGAUUUAACGGCAAUCAAAAACCAAGGCUGCGACGACCCUCUCGGGCAGCAUUUCUCACGCAGUCCGCCGGAAUACAAAAAGUUGUUCGCUGAGAUCUUUGCAGUACUGAAACGUACAGUGACCGACGGUGCCAUCUCGGAAAAGACCGAAUUGUCACCUGCCGCAGAAACGGCGAUAGUGGCUUCCUGUUGCAAGGUUGCUGCAGCCGCUAGGUCUUCAAGUCCCAAAGCGAGCUGCACGCCAUCACCGCGUAAGUUGAACACCCACUUGGACAUUAGCAAGCUGUGUGAUGUGGCACCAGCGCCAGCCUGCCCAACAGAGGAGGUCAAGUAUCGUCUUCCAGGUGGCAUCACGUACGCUGAAGCAGUUCGAAGAGGACGGCUUCUGCGCAAAGCGACCACGGAGCGCAGGACACCGAGGAAGUGAAAAGUGCAGGACUUUGCGGCACUGCUUCAAAAAAGAACUUGCAAGGAAGGCUGUAUUUUAAAUCUUCUCUCUUUUACGCUUACAGGGCGAGAAAUUUCAGUGAGUAGAGAAAAGAGCGCAGGACAAUAUUAUAUCUUGGUCAACCUCUGCAACGAAUCGUUUGAAAGAUUUGGCACAGGAAUGUCAGCAGAACGCUUUGUACAUAGUGUCUUCACAUGUGUUUUGAGGAUAAGUCCUUUCAAAGACGAUGUUAAAAGUAUCUUACUAUUUUAUUUGCUUAACAUGCACUUGAGCAGCUGAAAUGGAUACUGUGAACAGUUGUGUGCAAUGUUAAGAAUAUCGCUCAAACUUAUGCAUGCGUCUGUUAUUACUAAGUCAUAGCUCUUUACCUUUGUGUACUUAAAUUUUUAAGUGCUCAGCCCGCCGUAGGAACUUUGGGCAAGAAUUCUCUCCUCAUCUUACGUUCUUAACUCAAAGGAUGAAAGAUCAUUGCGCACUACAAAUAUUCUCCUCAAGUCAGCUGUAGGAAGUUCGCCUGCAAACAUAAAAACAAAGAACUUGGUUCACAAUUGCCAAUAAUUCUCAACUGGGGUGCACAAAACAGCUUAGAUGUCAGUUAUCCUUAACUUUAUUUCUCACUGCACCAGUGAUUUCUGGAAUGAUAUUAUAACUAGCAGAAACCUCUGUAGUUUUUGCACUCUGUUUUCUUCAGGCAUUUAUGAUUACUUUUCUUACUUUUCCUGUUGUUUUUGUCUGCAUUGUGCUUUGGUUGUCACUUUUGCAUUUCUUGUCCCCAUAAAUUUACAAAAUAAGCGAUACUGCAUGACGACUAUGACACUCCUUCAUUUAUCAGUGGUAACAACCAUAUUUAAGUGAAAGGUUUGUGGGCAGCUCGUUUCAAUUAGUACUGCCAUUUGACUUGCCUGCUAAAUGUAUCGAAGUCGGAAGCACUCGUUUACAUGAGUCUGGGGAAUCUUUUGUGGCAUAGCUGCAAUACCUUCCAUGUUGGUUUUCAAUUAUGAAAAUCUAUUACUAGCAUGUUAUGAUUGUUAAUGUCUUAGGCAUUAGCAAUUUUAUUCUUAACAAAUUGAUUGUUAUUACCAAAGGCAUCAGCAAUCAGAACAUCAUAGACAAAACAAAGUACCAGAUGUAGUAGUAUGUGGCCAACACAUUUGUUACGUUUUUUACCAUGUUUGAGACACUGGUUGCUGUUUAUGUACAUAAAGCAGAAAAGACCGGGAAUGUUCAUGGAAACAACAAUGGGAACAUGUAUGUGUAAAUAGAACAGGUUCGUGAAUGCUUUUGAAAAGUCCCAGAGUGCCAACGCAGGAUGCCAAGUGUGCUUUUGUUUGAUGCAAAGUUGUAAUAUGCACAGUAUAUCGAAGUUCUGCUUUGUCAAUGUUUCGAAGCAUAUCCACCUUAUUUUUAAGGUGCAGGAAUCAGUAUUGUACAAACACAUGUAAACCUUGUAAAUCUCUAAAAUAAAGCUAUAUGAGAUUUUAAUUUACA